ACAUUUUAAAAUCCUUCAGCAGCUGGAUUUCAAACGUUCUGUAUUAGUGGGAACGACACCUUUACUGCAAUAAUCCGUCCACCUGCCAGUCAACUCAGAGAUGGGCUGUCAUGUGACGUUGACGCUGUUGUUUGUUGGGUGGAGCCUCAGCUCCUGCUCUCCCCCACGUAUGUACUACCAGGUAAACCAGCCCAUGACCUGGUUGCAGGCUCAGAACUUCUGCAAAGAGCAUUACACAGACCUGGCAACCUUUGAAAGCCACGAUGAUAUAAGAAUGCUAGAACCUACGAUUCCCGACCGGUCAUGGUUCGGACUGUUUGAUGACCCCAAAUCCUGGCAGGAAAACCUUGGAAAUGAGUCCAACUCCUGGAGAUGGUCAGUGACUGGUGAAACAGGCAAAACUACUUUUAAGGCUUGGGCUAGUGGAGAGCCCUCUUAUUCAAAUGGAAAUGAAGUCUGUGUAAUCAUGAAUCCUGAUGGAACUUGGGCAGACACCAACUGCCUCAUUGGAUACACUUUUGUUUGUUACACAGUCACAAACCAAAGCGAGAAAGUCUAUCAUUUCAUCCCGACUGGGAAGUCGUGGAAUUCUGCUCAGGAAUACUGCAGACAACACUACACAGACCUUGCUAUGAUUGAGACCACUGAAGAAAACGCUUUGGUCUUUUCAAAAACUGGUGGUCAGACAUCUUGGCUCGGUCUGUACCGAGUGCCAUGGACAUGGUCUGACGGGUCUCACAGUUCCUUCAAGUACUGGGAGUACGAUCAACCAAACAACUACUACCUAGAACCAGAACACUGUGCCGGUUUCUUGUUGGGUUCUCGUAGAUGGCAUGACGCACCCUGUAACAUGUCGCUGCCUUUCAUUUGUCAUCGAGUAACAACACUAAAGACCACGGUGGGGAUGCAGAUCAGGACUGAUGCAGAUAUGACAGAUCCAGCUGUUAUGGAACACUUUCUCCAGCAGAUCCAUAUAAGGCUGACAAACCUGGGAUUCACAGACUUCAAGCUUCAGUGGAAGAAUCUACCCUCAAACCAAACCAAGAAGACCUGAGUGGACCAUCUUUAUUCCAUCUCCCAAGCAGUGGAGAAAAUAUUGAACUGCUUCCCAAUGAUUUUGCUGUGUUGUUUAUGGAGUAGUUAAGCGAACAGAAGACGAUAACAGAGGAUAAUGUUGUUAGUAUGUGUGGUGUGAUGUUUCCUCAGUAUCUUCUGUUACUUGUGUCCUCAGGCUAAAUAGAGCAAAUGUAUCAUCUCCAACAUACAAGCAUUUCACUGCUGAAAGAGCUCAUAUCAUCAAUAUGCCGUAUACUUUUUAUGUACU